CAACAUACUCUGGCAGAUACAAACACCAACAACCCUUGAGUGCUUGAAUGCUGAAUGAUUGAACCAUACAACGAGUUAACUAACUAUUCAGCAUAACCCCGCUUAUAUAAUCACAAUCCCUUUUGUGGUUUUCAUGGUUCAGGUACACAUUACUAAUCUCCAUCACCAGCAAUCCCACUUUCGCCUCUCCUCGCGCAUCACAGCAUCACUUCUCCCCCAUUCGAUUAUUUCUGACCAGAAUGGGCUGGGUAGGAGUAGCUGUGCUCAUCGCGACCGCCUGUUUCAUAGCUUACCGCUAUCCGACAGCCGUACGGACGCCAACGCCGGCCGUCCCUCCUGCGCCCACGACCGCGGCCCGAAAGGAAGCAGAAGCAAACACCGAAGAGUCAGGGCCUGUGAUAGAAAGACAGCUCUGCAAAGACGGACCUACACCGGAGGACGCCAGCGCAGAGACUUCUGACUCGCAGUCCACGCCCAAGGCGUCUGCGUCCGCGUCUGCCGCUCCCGCUAUCGAACCCCCGACUCUCCGCCUAGACAAUGACGAUAAGCCUGUUAUGACCACAUCUGCACAGCUAUCCACCACACCCUCCACUACGGAUAAAAGCGCGAAGCCAGCAUCAACCAGCAUGCUUCCGCCCCCACCACCGCGGAGCUCUACCUCCGCCCCUCCCUCCUCAUCCUCAUCCCUCUCCCCGAACAUGCCUCCCCCCUCCGCGCCGCGCCUCCGACCAACCCCCACCACCACCACCACCACCACCAACAUGAACAACAACCUCCUCGUCCCAGGCCGCGCACCCCCGCGCCCAAGACCAACAGCUCCAGGCAGCGGAUCACUCCUCGCCCCACCCCCCUCAGCAGCCUCCACCCUCCGCGGCGGCCCCGCCCCCUCAAGCAACAGCAACAACACCCUCUCCAUCCCGCCCCAAAAAAUGGUCCCCUCCCCCAACUCGCACCGCAAACGCGCCGCCCUCGAACCAGGCUUCUCCCCGCUAGACUGGGCAGCGCUCACAUCCAACCCGAAAAACACCCUGCGGGGCGCCGACCUCCCCGCUCACCUGAUCCGCGUAACGCCAUCCAUGCUCAAGGCGCACACGGGGCGCAAGGGCUCCGACGCGUGGACGGUCUACCAGGGCAAAGUGUACAAUAUCACGCCUAUGGAUUUGAGGAGCCUUCCUGAUAUCAAACACGCACGUCCUCGUUCGCUGGCUGUUCAGGAGCAGUAA